GCAACAGCUGUUUUUGUUUUUAUUUCCUUGAGCUUAAGGUUCAAUGUUUACCUUCAAUAUGAAACUUCCUUUCGGAAUUUACUUUCUAGAAUCUUUAUACACUUAUAAUAACUGGGAAAAAUAAACUUUUAUUUAAAUUUUUAUUGUUAGUAAUAUCUGUGGUUGGAAUAUAACAUCAUGUCGGGUUCUAGAAAUGUAAUUUCGGAUAAUCAGGCUUCUGCUUCGGAAAAUGAAAGUGAUCGUUAUUCUUCAUCAAAGCAAAAUAGUUCUCACAACCAUAGUAAAAGUUUGCACGCUAAUCACAUAUCAGAUGAUUCUAUUUCACUAAGUAGCCAAAAAAAAUCUUCUUCAAGUUUGAAUUUGAAUCAAUCUGAUAUUCCAGUGCAAGAUGUCUCUGUUUUAGAUGGCAAUGUACUUAGAAAUAGUCCUAGUGCUAGCUCUGACAAGGAAGGCGGAUCUCUCAAAAAUUGUGAGGCUAAAAGCACUAAUUCAUUAACACCUUCAGUUGUCUUGAAUUCUGGCAGCAGUUCUGGUAGCUCUUUGCAAAAUGUAUCAAGUCCUAGAGAAUCUUCAGAAAAAGACAGCGACAAUCAAUAUGCAUCUCUGGAUGCAGGGAGUAACAUAUCUCCAGGCUCCAUCAGCCAAGAAAGUUCCUUGUUCCCUGAUAAUAUAAGUAAUUUAAGUCGAUCUUCUGAAUCUGGAAAAUCUAUUGAUUUGGGACCACUGAAAACACCUGAUAUCAGUUCUUCAAAAUCAGAAAUUGUUAAAUCUGAUAAAUUUAGGAGUGGCGAAAAAAAAGAGAAGAAGAAGUCAUCAUGGUAUAAUAUGCUAAAUCCAACUUAUAAAUCUCGAAGUGAAGAUUUUAAGAGACUUUUUAAAGACCUUCCUGAUUCUGAGCGUCUAAUUGUUGAUUAUUCUUGUGCAUUGCAAAGGGACAUCCUUGUUCAUGGAAGACUUUAUGUAUCGCAAAACUAUAUUUGUUUUUAUGCCAAUAUAUUCAGAUGGGAAACCUUUCUUUUAAUCCGCUGUCGUGAUGUCACUAGCAUGACCAAAGAGAAAACUGCUCGUGUGAUUCCUAAUGCUAUUCAGAUUACCACAGAAACCGAAAAACAUUUUUUUACUUCCUUUGGUGCUAGAGACAAAACAUUUCUCAUGCUUUUUCGCAUUUGGCAGAAUGCAUUAAUAGAACAGCCCAUGUCUUCUCAAGAGUUGUGGCAAUGGGUGCAUUUCAGUUACGGUGAAGAAUUAGGACUUACGAGUGAUGAUGAUGAUUAUGUAGCUCCACUUGUUGCUGAUGAAGACAUAAAAAGCCUUAAGCAUUCCGACCAAAAUAUGUUAAAGUACACUGAGAAAUCAUAUGAAAAAGGAGAUUCAACUAAUCUUCAAGAAAGUGCCAGUGAAGUAAUGAUUGCAGAAGAAAAUUCAGAAUCAGCCAAUGGGAUGGAUAGGAAUUCUGAUCCUCCCCCUUAUAAAGUAAUAGAAGAAGAAGAGGCUUCACAGCAAAAUGAUUCAAAGUGUGCUCUUAAUCAAAAACUCUCUGAGAAUCCUACAGACAUGAGUGAUACCACAGAAAGCAAUGAUAAUAUUGAAGAUGUGGAAAUUAAGUGCCCUUGUGCAGGACAUGAUGGUAAAGAGGUGCUCAAUGCUGUCUUUCCAUUACCUGUGGAUCAAGUAUUCUCCCUAAUAUUUACUGGUUCUAAAUUUUACAAUGACUUACUGGAGUCGAGGAAAACAUAUGAUAUUAUGGAAAGCCCCUGGCAAAUGUGUCCUGAAUAUGAUGUGAAGAUGAGACAAGUUACAUAUACGCUUACUUUAAAUCAUUCAAUGGCCAAAAGUGCGCAGACUACCGAAACUCAAAGGCUGUUGAAACACAGUAAGCCAGGCCACGUGUAUACUGUGGAUUGUGAUGUUGUGAAUACUGGUAUACCCUACAGUGAUGCAUUCACUGUAAAAUCAGUCUAUUGUUUAACCAAAGUAUCAAAGAAAGAAUGUCGGUUGCGAAUUUCUGGUUGUGUGCGUUACAAAAAGUCAGUUUGGGGAUUAGUCAAGUCUUUGCUUGAAAAAAGUGCAAUGCAAGGCCUUGCUGAUUUUGCUACAGAUUUAGCAAGUGCACUUCAUAAAGAAGCUGAACUUUCUAGUCAACAAACCAUUAGCAAGAAACCUCGCAGGCGGAAGCGCAUGAAAUUUGAUCCUACUAAAUGUGAAGCAUUAAAAGAUGCACCUAGGAUUUUACAAAGGCAACCAACUGUAAGAAAUAUAGGUUCUUCAAUUUCUGGUAUGGAUUUAGCUUCUUUAGGGUCAACUCCAGAUAUUGUCAUUCGUGUGAUUCUUAUUACGUUAGUUAUUCUUUUAUUUUUAAAUAUGCUACUAUUUUACAAGUUAUGGUCAUUAGAAGAUCAAAGUUCUAAACAUGUACCUCCUGCUGCCUUGGAAUAUCCUGACAACCCUUCCAGUUUUACCAAAGAAGAUUAUCUGCAUUUGCUUCAGAAACAAGAUGCACUACAUAGGGCAGAAACAGCAAGGUGGAGAGAUGCUCUCACCGAAGUCAUAAAACUCAUUCAUUUGGUAGAGAAAUCUCUUUCUGAACUCAAAAGUAGUAUCGAUACAUACAGCAGUACAUCUCUUCUGAAAUCCAUUGCCCUUCGUAUGUCGCAGAAUUCUGAAGAAAUUCCACCAAGUGGUGCAGAUGCAGAAUCGACAGUUGAAGGAUGAAGAUAACUUUCAGAUAAUCAAGAUUGUCUUAGCAUAUUGUGUUGUACUAUAGAAAUGGAAAUUAUAUGCAUUGAUGUAAGUUGUAUCAACCUCUCAAUGCUACUGUUGUACAUUUCAUAGACUAUUUAUUUAAGAAAAGCCACCUGUUUGCUGGGAAAGAGUUAAGCUACAUUUAUAACAUGCAACAAUCGCAUAAAAGGGAACAUAAAUUAUUGUAUUGAUAAUUGUUAGUUUACUUGUUAAAGUUCUAGUUUUGAAAUCAAACCAUCAUACAGAUUGUCAUUUCUUUUAUAUAUUAACACUUGUUGAACAAUGUAUUGAAUAGUUAAUGGUUCAUCUUUAUUUUAUGUAGUUGAUUGUCAUUGACCAUAGUGUUUUCUCUGUAUAAUAGAUUUCCUUAUAUUUAUAAUGUAGGAUUAAUCGAUAGAAUAUUUUUUCUGAAUAAUUUUAAUUUGCCUUUGGAUGUGGAAACUAUGAUUUAAUUUAUUUUAUAAAGUAAUUAAUAAUAUAGACUUGCAUUAUCCAUCAUUUAAAUGGGAUGUUCUUUUAAAUCAAGAAAGAGAUUGUCUAAGAGAUUAUAUGAACUUUUAUCAGUGCACUAAUUAAUAUUUUAUAGCAUUUUCAGUUAGAAAUCUACAUUUUAUUUUGUUCUUUAAUCAUAUAUCAAACUAAGUCACAUAUAUCAAGCUUCCAUUACAUAAUAUAUAUUCUUCUACCUGUAUUUUCAAAGAAUAAAAAUAAAUAUAUUGGUAUGUAUAAAGAUCCAAGCUUAAUAUAGUACUAUUCUUCCAUGCAAAACAUUUUUUUUUAAUUCAAAAAAUUCUUAGCUUUAAGAGGCUUUAUUAUAAAAGUUAUAAAUUAAUUAUAAAUUAAAUUUUUUUGUAGAGUAAAUAAUAAACAUAUAUAUUAUAAAAGAUAUGUUUAUUUCAGGUAUAUAUGUACAUUAUUUCCUCAAAUGUUCUUUUUGAAGACAUGCAAUUUUUAUUUGUGAUAAAAUUCUGAUUUUUCUUUGUUUUUAAAUUACAGUGAAAAGUUGUAAUUUGUAGUGUUAUAUUUAGUUGAAAUAUAUUACUGUCUGUCUAUCCUAGCAGUUAUUUCCACCUCUUUGUCUUGUAUGGCAUGGAAUUUGUUUAGAAAUGUAAAUAAAAUACUUCAAGAACUUUUGGAACUGAAUGUAAGGAACGUUUUUAUAACAUAGUGGCUGAAAUAAUUAUUUGUGAUAGGCAGUAAGUAUUAUUUGGUUUGAUGUGAGCUUACAGUGGUUAUUGGAUACAUAAACCAAGCCAUUAUCAAGAAAAACUAGUGUGGAUUAUUGUUACUUUAUUCUAUUAGUUCUUGUUAUGCUUGUUUGAAAGUGGUCUGAAGAGAAUUAAUAAUUCAGAUGAUGCUAUGAAAAUGAAUUUUUAAUAAAAAUUUUAUUUCCUAGCUUUUUUUAAAAAAAAUAUCUAUAGCUAUUACUCAGUUUGAGCUAUAUCUGUAAUUGAAGUAUGAUGUUUAUAAAAUGUGCACUUUUUUUAGAUUACUGUUUGAUUGCAUAAAUUUAACUGUAGGUCACAUUUGUAUCAAACUUCAUUAUAAAUAAUCAUGAGAUAAUUAUAGUGUAAAUAAUUUUAUUAAAUUAUUUAUCUUAUUGAAUUAUUAUCUAUUGGGGGAAAUUCAUUUAAUUUAAAAAAAUCUAGUCAUCGGAGAUUUUUCACCUCCAUUUCGUAAUUUUUUUUUUUUUUUUUUUGUAAGUUUAAGUUUGAAUUAUGUAGUGUGCUAUCAAUAAUUUUAGAAUUUUAAGAACUCUUUCACUUAGAUACUUAAUAAAAGAAAUAAAUAAUAUGAAUUUGUUGAAUUCCCCCACUUAAUACAAUAUCUUCCUCUAUUUUCAGAUUGAUGAAAUGAAAUGUAUAGAAUAUUUACAUGAAUUUAUUUUUUGCAAUUAAAACAAUAUUUGCUAAAUGAAAAGUUAUUAUUAAAGAAUGUUAUUAUUAAAACUGCUUCUGUUACUAUAUAUUGUGACUUUGUAUUUCUUAAUUAGCUCAAUAUUGUUUAUAUCCUCUUUGGAGGAUAGGUGCAGAUAAAUGUGUAUCAAAAUAUACUAUUUAUUUAUAUAAGGUGGUUGGUGUGUACAGUUAAAGGGCAUUUUUGUACCUGAAGUACUUGUUUUCUAGUUCCUUAUUUCCUGCUCUACAUUCCUCUUAGUAUUUAUUUUUAAAUUGCAAUUGUUAGGUUUAGCACCUGCUGAGUUUAGCACCUCACGAGCUUUUUAUCUUUAGUCUUUUUCUUUUACUAUUUUUCUGUUUGAAGAUCGUUUCUUGUAAGAAUGUGUUUAAUCAAGAAUGCAUUGUUAUUUUUUUAAAGCUAAAAGUAUAAUUUAGAAGAUUGACUUAAUGUUUUUUUUUUACUCAUGAAGACUAUAUUUUUAAAGCUCAAAAAUAAUCCUUAACCUAAUGAUUCUUUAAAUUUUUAAAUUUUCAGUGUCCCUUCUGAAUCAAGCACCGCAGUAUGUAAAAUUCCAGCAAUUACUUUUUUGCAAAAUAGUCAAGUUUUUUUUUAUAGGUUAACUAACAAUAAAUAUAUAUUUAGGUAAAAUAAAAAUUUAUUGAACAAAUUUUAAUAAUUAUUAAUCAAUAGAAUGGUUUUGCAGAUUGUUUCCCCAAAUUUAUGAAUUAAGUUGGAUAUAAUAUUUCCAUAACUCAUUUCCUUCUCUAUUUGAAAUUCCAUUUGAUACUUUUAUUUUAUGAAAUUAUUUCCAAAAACUCAUCUUGCAAAUAACAAAUGGAAUUGAAAAUCUCACUGAAUGGCUUAGAUCUGCCACUUUUAUAGGAAAACUGAUACAUACAGUGCAGACUUUAGGAGCCAUUGCCCUUAUCUAAAAUGAACUAAGAUAGGAUUUUGCCUAAUUUUUAUCAAGAUUACUUGUUUUAAUAUUUAUUUUUUGUUUAUUUGAUUAAUUGAGUUUAAUUAAAAAAAUUAGCUUCUAAUGAUUAUUAUGUGUGUAUUAGUAGUCAUCCUGUUUUUGUUAAUAAUUCCAAUUCCAUUUGAAUAUUGUUUCAUUUCAAAAUUAGGCUGGUAGACCAUAAUUUCAAUGCAUGCAUAAGUGACUAAAUAUCAAAUAUAUGCUUAGAAAACCUGAUUUUUGAUUGAUUGUUACAAUGUGGCUCUUUUUCUUUAAUAUUUUUGUUAAGAGACUCUGGUUGGAAGUUCUGAAAAUUUGGUGAAAUUACAUAUCUUCAUGCAUGGGGGGGGGGAUCAAAACCCCUAGUGUGCAUGUAAUUAAAAAAAGAUUACAUCAGUAAAUGAUAUGAUAAAGUUAAGACUUAAUUCAAUAAUGUUAUUUGUACUAUCUGCUUCUUUUUUUCGCAUUGAAACUAUAUUUUUAAAAAAGCAUUCAGUAUUAAAAUUACCAAUGCGUUUCAAAUCCUGAAAAACUAAUGCUAUUCAUUCGACUUGUGUCCAAGAAUUGUAAUUUAAGAAACCUAGUUUUUGAAAAAGAAAAAAUAUUUCAGAUUUCUAGAAAAAUUACAUUCAUUUGUAAUUUUAGUAGGAAGGAAUACUCACAAAAUUCCUACCAUGUCUUAUUUAAUUUUGUAUUAUGCACAAAAUGCUAGAGUGUAAUAAGACAUGAUGUGUAGUUAUAGAGGAUUUACCACAAAAAAAGUUUAUAUACAAAAUUUUCUUUAUUUGUGUGUCAGCUCACAGUCAAAAAAAUAUGAAAUAAUCAAAUUUCACUAGGUUUUUUGCAAAAUGUCCAUAUAACUAAGAAUACAUUAACUAGCAAAAUUAUGUAUUAUUAAAUUAUUUCUUUUAGCUGACAUAUAGUUAAUGAUUUCUAUUAUAGAAUUAUUGUAAACUUGGUAUAUUUUUCAUUUUGCCUGUAUAGGAAAUGUAAUAAAAAUAUUUCUGAAAUGUGUAUUCUAAAAGUGCUUGUUUUAAAAUUUAAAAAUUGAAAUAUAUUUUUUAUUUUGAAUUAACGUUCAAUAGACUUUUUGAUUAGUAAUUUUAAUAGUUAUUUUGUAUCAAAUGUUUAAGUUUUAUCUUUAAAGAGCAUUUAUUUACAUUGUAUUAGUAGCUCAAAUUUAUUUUCCAUUUUUAUGUAGUUUAAUUUUUUUUUUUUUCAUUAACAUUAAAUUUAGUAAAAGACCUAUGGCAGCUGACAGAAAAAGAAAGAAGUAUUGAGUUAUAGACAAUCUUUUUAUGUUACUUAAUUUUGUCUUCUUUUUUUUGAAGUAUGGAAAAUGAAUGAAUGCUAUAUAAAUGGAUUUCAAAUUUACGUAUUUUAUCUAGAAACUUUCCUUUCUUUUCAUUU